AUGGCCCGCUUGAUUUCAAGGAGAAAACUGGUCUACUACACCAUAGUGGUAACUUCCUUCUGCUGGGUCCUGGGAACUGUGUCAUUUUUUCUCUUUCAGUCGUUAGAAGUUAGCAUCGACGUGAAAAGACGUACGUCUGAUAGUCACCCUUCCUCGCAAAGGCCGAAAUGGAACGUUCAACAUGACCGACUUGCUAAGGAAACAGACCAGAGAGCGGGUAAACAAUACAUUCCGAACGAGACAAAGAAAGCCCCCAUUAACCUAAUUUAUCAACAAAUCUCCAACAAAGGCAUCAGUGCUUCAAAAAGAUCUCAAAAGAAACUUGAACAAAUCACAGCCAAUUAUGAGAGGUAUCCGUCGGGGGUUAAACUAAAAGGACCGGGCGCUAGGGGAGAGGGGGUUACCGUACCGGAGUCCCGCAAGGACGACGAAGAUGAAGGAUUUGAACAGCAUUCAUUUAAUCGUGUGGCUAGUGAUAUGAUUUCUGUGCACCGAACGCUACAAGACCACAGAAAUAGCAGGUAAGUUAAAUGAUUGACUACAACACGAUAAGAGGGCCGUCAUUUGUGAACAGGUUGAUUUGAGCACUCGCAUUCGCUAAAUUAUCAUAGUGUUUAAUUGGGUUGUUUUUGGAAGAUGAUAAAUCAGUUUAUCCUUAUGGACUGUGUUAUACGUUAAUUCUAUUUCACAGUAUCACAGUGAUGGUGUUAUCGUGUUAGAGAUAUUACACAUUUUUUUCACCGGUAUUUUUACGGAUCAUUUGCCGAGUUUCUACCAGCAUCACUGGGUUGAAUUUCCCCUCCUUUGCACUCUCUUUCUUAUCACAACUCGUGUUCGAAGCAUAAUAUAUAUUUCUUGCAAGCACGAUUCAUUUUAGAGGCCACUCAUGUGAAGGCCCUUUUUCGUUAAGACUCCAAAGAGUCCUUCGGAAAAGUCGUUCCAGUUCCUGAUUUUCUUACCACUGGUCGAGUGGAACGAAGGCGCAGGAUAAUGUCAUAAAACGUUUGCGAAUCAUAAAGUAAAUCUCCUUUUGCAUCGGUAUCGUGAGGAUGUCUCGAAAUUAGCAUUUUCUCUCCAUAAAAGGCCACACUUUUUUAAAUAUGGCUGACCAUGAAUAAUUUGUGCAACACAUGGUACCAGAUCUGAUAAAAGCUGGGUGCUUUCAUCACGUGGAAACUGAGCAAAAUAUGUUUGAGGAAUGAUCAUUCCAAAGAGACGCAUUGUGUUUUACUUCGUGGUUAUAACAUCCUCUGUGUGGAUUUAUUUGGCUACGUACUUUAUCCUCACCAACAAAUUCGAGCCGGAGGAAAACAGGGUUGCAGAUGAAGCCACUUACAAUCUUCUUAUGUAUGAUAAAACUCCAGAUAGAAACCCAAACAAGCCUGGAGAAUGGGGUGUUGGAGUUUCGCUUAAUUUUUUGGAAAAGAAAAGAGAAGAACAAGGCUUUCACGAUCAUGCAUUUAACCGAGUCGUAAGCGACAAAAUUUCCCUGGAAAGAAAUCUGCUAGACGUACGAAAUUCAAAGUAAGCGAUCUAAAGGAGAUUAUAACGCUGAUACUCAGUUCUAAUUAAUACGCACUGUGUUUAGAAGAUUGGAAAAUGUCAUAUAUGUUACAGAUGUCAUUUUUUUUGUUAGCGAUAAGUAUUUUGGAUGCCAUUAUCACUACUGAUGACAAUAAUGUGAACAUCGAAUUAUGUUGUUACAUCAGAGAAGACUUAGCACGCGAGUUUAUCAGUUUCCGUGAUAAUUUAUUAAUACUGACGAGAGUUUUUUGCUUACCAUCUAGAUCUGGCUAUUGACAUCAACAGAUUCGUUAAAUUCGUGCUGGAAUGACCAUCUAGCUUUAAUAGGCCUUAAAUCACCGAGUCCAAAAUUGACCUAUGUGUAAAAUACAUUGUGAAGGAUUUUUGAUGAAAUAGAACUACUUUGAGGAAGAGGGGCAGGGCUAUUGGUAUGUUUGGGAUACCCUUCCUUUCUGCAAUGAAAACAACCUAUUCCAUCGCUGUACAUUCCCUCCCCAAAUACAGAGUAGCUUUUUAUUGGUACAGAGCAUUUUGAUGGGUUUCCAUCAUUGUAAAGCAGACAUGAAGGAGGGACAAAGAUGAAAUUAAAGGGAAUGAGGUGGUUCAGUUUUAAAUACUGUGAUUAAUAUUUCACAGUUGUUAUUAAACAUUUUAGAUUAUUGUUAAUAGUUUGGGAAAAAGGGAGGCAUACACAAGCUUAAAGGGAAACAUCUUCUGUUGGAGCAAGUUACCCUGAAUGACAAAUUGUGUUUUUGGUGAAUGAAAAAUUUAAGAUGUUUAAAGUUGGAAAAAAAUCCCAUGGUUUGAGACAGUGUGGAAACAAAAGGAACAACAGUUUUGAUUUUUAAAUUUUGUUUUAGGAACCAAUCUACAAGUUCAAUCCAUGAAGCAUUAUUAUCAAACAAUAGGUUAAGCUCUUUGCACUCUGGUUCCUCAACAAAUGAUGUGAAUGAAAGCAGCAACCACUAAUUGAAAAUCAGAUACAAAAUGGAGGAACUCAGUAGAUUUAGAUUUCAAAAUACUGUCCUAACUAGAUCACUUUUGACAACUUAUUAUGUAGAGUGAAAUUAUAUGUUAUUUUUAAUCAUGAUUUUUUUUUAGGUGUAAAAUAAAGAAAUAUCCUCAGGAUCUACCCACAAGUUCUGUAAUUAUAUGCUUUCAUAAUGAAGCUUGGUCCACUCUUUUACGGACGGUACAUAGUGUCAUCAACAGGACUCCUCCACAGCUAUUAAAGGAAAUCAUUCUUGUAGAUGAUGCCAGUGACAGAGGUACAUGUAGUUAUUGGUAUAACAGUAAAUAAUUUGUGAUCAUGUAUCUGAUCGUCCUGGUGAAGGUAGCCUCAAGAAGGACUGUUGUCAGUAGUUGUGACUGAAGUUUCAUCAACAAUACAUUUGACUGACAACAACUCUUCACUUGACUCUAAUCAUAACUUCUGUUCAGGUUGUUGCAAGGUCAGUUACUACUACUUACAACAGUCCUUCAUGGGACUACUGUCACCCAGACAAUCUGACCCUCCCCCCCCCCAAGGUUCAAACCUAAAUAUAUUAUUAAUCUUUUCUAGAAAGAAUGUUUGAUGAUGAGACAUGUUUGUGGCAAAAUUGUCUUAUUGCCUGCAUAAGUCUUGUAUUUACAGACGGGUUUGUUUUAGUUUUACAAGGAUUAAGUUUCAAUUAAUAAUGAUUAAAUGGAAUUCUAUGUUAAGAUGAGUUUGAGUUAUCAUGGAUGUUAAUAAACCAAUUUUUUAGACAUUGUAUUUCCUUUGAAGUAUCUUUGAAAAAAUUUUUCCCAUGAUUUUAUUCCAUAGAUGAGCUUAAGACAAAGCUUGAAGACUAUGUUGCCAAGUUGAAAGUUGUUAAGAUUGUCCGUCUUCCUAGAAGAGAGGGUUUAAUUCGUGCAAGACUGACUGGGGCAGAACGAGCCAAGGGACAAGUUCUGACAUUUUUGGAUGCCCAUUGUGAAUGUUCUAAGGGUUGGCUGGUGCCUCUUCUCGCAAAAAUCGCUGAAAAUCGUUCAAAUGUAGUAAUGCCUGUUAUAGAUGAAAUAAGUGACCAGAACUUUUAUUAUCAUGCGGUGCCAGAGCCUUUCCAUAGGGGCAUCUUUCGUUGGCGAUUAGAGUUUGGCUGGAAGCCUGUUCCUCAGUAUGAGAUGGAAAGACGUAAAGAUGAAACUGAGGGAAUAAGGUAGACACUUUAAACCUAUCAAUGUUAUUUCUAAUUGGCAUAUAGUGAUCUCUUUUUCCAAAAAAACUGGAGUUUUGUUUAAUACUGAGGUUUUUUGUCAAAUUUAGGAUAAAUUCUGAGUAUAUUAGAUUGUUGUAAGUUAUCUCUUUCAGGUGCCUAGACAAUAUAACUAUCCUAUUAAAGCAAUUUGUGUGGGCUGUUUGUGAUCUGUACCAGGUUCAUAGCAAUUGAUUCAAGCCACAGGGAACCUUUUUGGUAUCAUAGUUAAUCUUAAUGAGUGUAGGCAAUCUCUGUUGGGUUAUAGGUAUCUUUAUCACAAUGCAAGCAAUCUAAACAGACAAAUAAAAAAUCUGAAUUGGACUGUUGGUCGCAUUGAUCAUGUAGGCAUUGUGAACUAAGCUGUAUGCAAUCUAACUAAAGCUGAAGGCAACAUGAAUCAGCUUGUGGGUAGUCUUGGUGGGCAGUUGAUCUGGAAAAAGCUGUUGGCAAUCUUGGUCAAGCUAAUACACAUUCUUUUUUAGUAUUGGUCACUGUGUAAUGAGUUGUAGGUGGCCUGAAUUAGAUGGUAUAGGAUAGCACUAUUCUCAUGAACUAAAAUGUUCUGUGAUGAAUUAUUGUGGCUGCCUUGCAUAUAUUAGUGAGAAUGAAACUUAAUUGUGUUAACAUGGUAAUUAAACAAUCAAAACUCUCCUUUUUUCAGGACCCCAGUGAUGGCAGGAGGCCUGUUCUCUAUUGACAAAAGUUAUUUUGAUGAAAUAGGAACAUAUGACACUGGAAUGGACAUUUGGGGUGGAGAAAACCUGGAAAUUUCCUUUAGGGUAAGUCUGUUGUAGUAGGUUCUGUUUUUGUAAGUAAAGGGAAGGGGAUCUUUAUCUCAUCAGCCUGUUUAAGCUUAUGUUAGCUUCAUACAUUAGCUUCACAGAGCUUUUCACUGUUUCCAAGUAAAUAUUAUUUAUUAGUACCUACCACACAGGUGAACAGUGCUUUUUGCACAUGUUGAUUUGCUAGUGUGAAAGUGAAUAGCUACUACUGUUCACCUCCUAGCAGCCAAUAAGACAAAAAUCACUUGUCACGAGUUUUAAUUCCUGACCAUUUUACUGUACAUUGAAAGAAAUUAACUAUUUUUUUUAUAUCUGUUGAAAACAAUUAUUCAUCUUAGUGUUGUUUAAAGUGGUGGAUAUUUACCUCACUACUUAGAGGCUUGGUAGAUAUCCACCAUUAUUCACUUCCAUGUGGGUAAAUAAUUGUUAAUUAUAAUCCAUCAAAUCUUUUUUCUUGCAAUUCUUGCAAUUGGUCUAAAUGCAUCACAUGAUCAAAUAUGCCCCAGCUGAAACUGGGAAACAUCAACACAAUAGCUUUCAUUUGGUGAAAGUAUGCUCGAACAUUUAUUUUAUGACAUUAUCUGUUCCUUGAAGCUCACAGUUUUCCCUGAGCUUUGCUCUUGCAAAACAGUCCACAUCUUAGAACAGGCAAUGUCCAUGGACAAAUAUCCAUACAUAUCAUGCUGUGCCAAAUGGAGGCUAUUGUAUAUAUGAACAGUUUGUGAGAAUAUAUAUUUGUUAAGGUUCGUUUCAGAUUCAGAUAAGCAAAUGACCAUUCACAUUUUUAAUAAGAAGAAUUCCUGAGCUGCUAUUUCUAACCAAAUUGCCCCUCUGUGUCAUGUGAUGUAGGUCUGGAUGUGUGGAGGCACCAUUGAGAUGCUCCCCUGUUCACGUGUUGGCCACGUGUUCAGACCACGUUUUCCAUAUUCAUUUCCCGCCCGUCCAGGUGGUGACCUUGAUGUUGUAAGUCGUAAUCUUAUGAGAGUGGCAGACGUGUGGAUGGAUGAAUACAGCAAACAUUUCUACAACAUUCGGUUUGAUCUUAAAAGAAAAAAGCAUGAUGAUAUCAGUGAAAGACUUGCUCUGCGAAAGAAGUUACAGUGCAAGAGUUUUAAGUGGUAUUUGGAGAAUAUUAUUCCUGAGUUAGAGGUGCCCGAUGCAAACUUUGUGGCCGCUGGACAGGUUGGUUAGAAAGAGAACAACUUCGAUCUGCGUUGAGGGGUGUGGUAGAAUUAUUCUAAAAUUCUAUUGAUUAUUCCUUCUUUCUUACCCACCUAUUCCUUUACCAAUCCUCCGACUACUCCUAUCACUGAUAAAUGCAAAGUAAUCUUACACAUGCACGUGAGACUGGAUCUUUUAAGCAUUUGUCGGUGAAUGGUAUGGAAUGUCUAAGUAAUAAUAGAAUCAGACUCUGAACAGGUGCAGGAGUUGUCAUGGAGACUUUGUCUACAAAGAUGUUUUUGGUCUUGUCAAGAUGGUGGGCAAAGGAAAAUUCUGAGUCCCCAUGAGGAAACUAACCUCAGACUUUCGGGUUCCGCGCUCCGGUGUUCUACCAAUGAGCCACAGAGACUCUGUGGUGAGCAAGGCACUUUACGUAUUUUAUUUAUGACACACGGUCUGCAUACUGCUGGGAUCAGCAAUGUCGAUAGCGUCAUGUUUUAAUAAUGGGGACUCAGAAUUUUUUCUUUGUCUCGCGCUCGUGACAAGACGAAAUACACUGAUGAUCGUUCUUUAUUUCUUAACCGAGCUUAAGACUUACCACCUUUCUUCUUCUAUUUACAAAAGUCGUUGACUAUCUGCAGGUUCGUAAUCCUUCGAGUGAUAAGUGUCUAGACACGUUGGGGAAGAAAGACGAUGCACCUCUGGGGCUGUACGAGUGUCAUGGCCAGGGUGGAAACCAGGUGAGAAAGCACAGAAUUCCAACACCAGGCAUUCAGCAUGAGAGACUAUUCCUAUUUCCCCAAGGUGUCAAAUAUUGUUUAUCAGGGGAUUGUCUCGUGCUUACUAUGACAGAUCUUUUCUGUUUUGUUUCUAGUACUUUGUUUUAACAAGCAAGGGAGAGCUAAAAUCAGAAGAUAAUUGUUUGGACUACAAUGGAUAUGAUCUGUACCUGAAGGAAUGUGACGGACUGAAGCAGAACCAAAAAUGGGAAUAUAAGGUACGAAUACAUACGUAUUCCUAGACAUAGUGUGCCUCGUACUUGUGUUAGCAUCAUUUGGGAUUAUUUUUUCGUUGCCCUCAUUUUUUACCAUUGGAACCGUUCUACGGUCAUUUUAUGAAUCACAACAGAGCAUUUCGCAUGAUGGCUCUGAGCAGAGGGUCUUACAUACAUACAUACAUACAUACAUACUUUAUUUGUCACGUAGGUCGAUAAAUGGCAGCUAAAAAGCUGAUGUGGACCUACAAAACUAAAGAGUGUCUACAAAAUUUAAAUAAUAACAAUAACAAGUAGCGAAAUUAUGGUAAGUAAGAAAGGAUGUAAGACCUAGUAAUAUAAUAUACAGUUGAUUUACAGUAGUAAUAAAAAGUAAUAAAAUAAAUAAAAGUAGUAAAAUAGCUUUAAUAUAUGUAAUUUACAACGUCUUUAUUUAGUCCCUGUAAACCAUUAAAUGUUAUUUUAUCUAAAAUGUCGGAUUUUGCUUUGAGAGCAGAUUUGAAAGAAACAAUGUUCGGUUUGCUCUUCAAGUACACGGGUAAGUUGUUCCAUAGAACAGACGCAUGGUGAGAAAAAAGAAGAUCGACGGAAGUCACUUUUAGGGCGUUGCACGAAUAGCUUCAGAUUGUCCCUUAGAUUUCUCAACGGAGAGUGUUUAGUAAACAAAGAGCUUAUAGCAGCCGGAGCUCUAUUGUAAAAUGCCUGAUAGGAUAUAGUGGCAAUCCUCUUUUUAUAGAAAUAUGAUAAGGACUUCCAUUUUGUCGCUGCCAGAACUUCAGUAUUGGGGGUAGAUUCCUUUAGGUUAAAAAUAAAUCUCAUGGCUCCAAUGUGAAUGUCUUCCAGUGUCUGAAGUGACUUAGAAGAUCCCCAUAAUGCAAUAGAAUACGCAAUACUGGGAAUGAUACCUUUGAAAUAAAUUGACUCUAAGAGGCGAUUGUCGAGUCCUUUUAGGUGUUUGAGUUUCUUCACUCUUGCCGAAAAACGUUUGCUCAAAGAUUUUAUAUGUGGCGACCAAGAGAGUUUAUUAUCGAUAAGAAUCCCUAAACAUGUAGCUUUGGAAACAAAUGACAACUCAUUUUGCCCUAAACAAAUUUUCUGUAGGGGUCCGAUGAAUCUUGAUUUUGAUAACAACAUUAGUUCACUUUUUUGCGGGAUGAAUAGUCAUGAAGUUAUCCUUAGCCCAUUUGUUUAAGUCAACGAUCGCUUUCUGUAUCUUAAAUAAAACUUCAUCAACAGUAUUUCCAAUGCAAAAACAGUAGUAUCAUCUGCAAACAUUUCAACGGAAGCGUUCGUUGUGGCUCCGGGCAGAUCAUUUGAGUAAAUGCUGUAAAGUCUAGGACCAAGUAAAGACCCUUGGGGUACACCCGUAUCUAUUUCCAACAAUUCUGAGUUUGAACCAUUUACGGUGACAAAUUGUUUACGAUUAUCAAGAUAAUUUAAGAGCCAAUCGUAAAAGAGCCACUAAUACCUAUAGAGUGUAAUUUAUCCAUAAGAACUGUGUGGUUGACGCAAUCAAACGCUUUCCGAAAAUCAAUAAAGACUACGCCAAUAAUAUUGCUUUCAUCCAAGGCUAAACGCCAUCGUUCUGUAACGGAAAGUAAGAGCAGCUCGGGUGAGCUUCCUUUUCUGAAGCCCCAUUGAUUUAAGGAGAUCAGAUUGUUGCUAUAUAAGAAGUUAUCAAGUUGUUGGCUUACAACAUUCUCCAAUAGCUUGCCCGGAAUGCUAAGAAGGGAAAUAGGCCUGUAGUUUUCACAGUCGAGAGUAUUCCCCUUCUUGUGAAGACAUUUUACCUGUGCCUGUUUCCACUGGCUGGGGAGUUUGCAUUCAAAAUACUUCUUUGAGCCAGUGGCAUAAAGCAAUCCAAAAAUGCGUCUCCAAUAAGGUACAGCUCUUUGCUGGAUAUGUCAUCAGGUCCACUCGCCUUGCCAGGUUUCAAACACCUUAGAGAAGAUUUUAAAAGGUCUCUGUUAAGGGCUAUGUUAUAAAGAGAGGCACUGAUUUUUCUUGCGGACUGACAAGGAGAGUUUACUGAAGAAUCUUGUGUUGAUUUCGAGAGAGGAUUUUCCAACAUUGACAAAAAAGGAAUUUAAAGUGUUGGCCUUUUUGAUGUAUCGUCUGCGUGAAUAACUCCGGAACUAUCUUUAAUCGGUCCGAUAUUUGUAGCUGUUUGUUUUCCCUCGAAAGAUCUUACUGUCUUCCAAAAAUCUCGAGCAGAGGUUGUCUCAUUAAAUUUUGUUAGCCAAUAACUUGAUUCCGCUAAUCUAAGGAGUUUGGUGCAUUUAUUUCUUGCCUUCUUGUAAUCUAUCCAGGCUUGUGAGCCCUUCGGUGUUUUCUGUGCUUUAAGGAGUAAUUUGUAGCGUUUGUUCAGCUCUUUACGUAUGGAAGAGUUCAUCCAGGGUAGGCCCCUCUUCUUAUCUUUACUCGUCGAGCAUGAAGGUGAGAUUUCAUAAUGUCCUUGUAUAAAUACUCCCAAGCCCAAGUAGCAUCGUCCAGAUUGUGAAAGACAUUGCAGAUACUCCAUGGGGCUGCAGCAAAGUCCGUUCUUAAUGAGUCUAGAUCUACUUUUUAUAAUCGUAGACUGUUUUGAGCGUUGGUUUCUGACGUUUUCUUUUGAGAUUUACGAUUGCAUAUAUUAAGUGGUGAUCUGAGAUUCCUAAAUCACAAACACCCUGGUGAGAAAUUUUUGAGGUGUCAGAGCAAAUCACCAAAUCAAUCAGCGUUGUGGAGGUGUCAGUGAUCCUUGUUGCCUUGUUGAUGACAUUCUUUAGAUUAAAUCUAUUCAAAAGUUGACGGAAUUUCCAGGUUGAAGAAUCUGUGUCCCUGGAUUUAGGCAAAAGAUUAAAAUUGAAGUCCCCCAAUAAAAUUAUAUUCGUUCGUUUCAUCCAUAUGCGAUCCAAAGUAGAAGAAAAUUUAUUUAAAAACGUAGUGUCAUCGGGUGGGCGAUACAUUGAAGCAACUAGAAGUUUCUGAGACGCCACCGUAACGUCAAUCCACGCAGCUUCUAGAGAGUUGUUUACAUUUAUGUCUCGACGCUCAUAUGCAUCUAAGUAUUCAGCAAAGUAGAUGACCGUGCCACCGCCUUUUCGACCAUCGUUUCGAUCGCAUCGAGCAGUUUUGUAUCCAGUAAUGGCGAUUUCGUCGUCAGUAAUAUCCUUACCUAGAUGGGAUUCAGUUAUGGCUAAAAUGUCAAAAUUCAUCGAAAGUAAAAAGAGCUUUAAUUUCCAAUAACUUGUUAGGAAGACCAUUUACAUUGAUGUGUGAGAUCUUCAAACCUGGUAGUUGCAAGUCCGCUUUGAGUGAUGGAUAAAUAUGCGAAUCAGAUGAGCAACCUAGUGUUGGUAGUUGCAGGUCCACUUCGAAAGAUGGAUAAAGAUGCGAGUCAGAUGAGCAAUCUAGGUUUGUCUCAUUGUCGAAUGGUAAAGACGACCAAAGGCAAAUCGGACACCACCAGGAAAAUGAAGGAAGUCUUUGAUAGUUCUUAUAUUCGCUUGGCCUGAUCGAGGCACAUUUUAUGUGACACCACAUGUUGCAGUUAUCGCAAUUUACCGCUCGAUGAUUUCGGGCAACACGCUUGUUACACACUGAACAUUCAUCUGGACCAGGAUUUAUGUCGAUGUCCCCACUUGUGUAGAGUCGCAUUUGAUGGAAUGUUGAGUGCGAGUUCGCAUAGUAACAUAUCCUGGUCGCAUGAAAACCUCGCACAUGCCACAACAGGCCAAGAUGGCGGAUCGUUUUCGUCUUCCGUUGAUUGCAGAGGCUUGCGUAUACUGAUAUGAGAAAACGCCUCGACCACGAGAAAUUCUUCGUGAUGGAGAUUUUGCUAUUUUCUUGAAGAGAAGGCUGUCUUUCGGCGAAUUUGGUGAGCGAUAAGAAUAGUAUUGACGCGUAAAAGCAGGAGAAAAUCAGAGCACGUCCUCGCGCCAUUUCGCUAAUAGUAAUUCAAUUCGAAGGCGAAGGCAAAUGAUUCUUCAAGAAAUCUCUAAUAGCUUGAGCCAUUGCGGCGAGUGUGAUGUCGAAGAGAUUUAUCGAAGUCUUAAUGUGGUGAUGGCUUUUACGACUGGCGGUUAAAAUGUUAGCCAUUUGACGGUUUAUCUACUUCUGUUGUGAUUUAAGGAAAAUGUUAACGGUGUCCUUUUUUACAACUAACGAGCGGUGAACUUCAUUGAAACCCUCUGAAGAAUAUAUCGCCCUACUCUCCGCCGACUAGUUUUAAUUAGCGUGGUCGAGUAUCGAAUUUAGUCAUUUUUUUCUUAUCCUUGUUACUCUUUUUGUGCUCAUAGAAAACAGUGCUCUACCAUCCACGCCAUGAUGUAUGUAUUGACCGAGGUUCCUCAAAUGCAGAGUAUGCCAAAGUUCGCGCGUGUGAUGGGAGACUGGCCCAAGUAUGGGAAUUCUCUAAGACAGAAGAGAUGGACUGAUGCUCAGCCGGUCUGCGCAUAUUCUCAGCACAGUGACGAAACGAGGCAAUAGUCCGGUAUGGAGUUAAGCUCUGGGAAGGAUGAGGUCGCUUGAUGAUCGUCCAAUUUCAGAACAUGGGUUCUGGCUGAAGCUGUACCACCGGGAAUCAUCUCCACUGGGGUGUGAUAAGAAACAUCUCCCUCCUAUAGCGAGUCGUUGCUGAAUCACUCCAGUAUAGCACUAAUCGCCACAGUACUAUCUAUCAAAACUCGGAGACACUCGCCUCGUUUGGCUCAAGUUGAACGAACUCUUUUUCGAUUUUCUUCCGCACUGAAUUGUUUCUAUGUUCGUGUGCACGUCGGACGCUUCUAUAGUGCUGACAUCACUGUCCAGCUGUUACGGUUAUCAGUGUACCUAAAAAAUGUACAAUGUACGUUUUGUAGAGCUGAAAUUUUUUAGGAUAUAUGAAUUUAUUGUUUUGAAAUUAGGCGAUAAACAAUUUAAGUUAUCUGUCAGAAUUUGUUGAUUAUGAAAACUUGUUUCUCAAAUAAGAUGUCAUUUGUGAUUAGUUCUGUGAAGAGAAAACAACUAUAGAAGGAAUAAAUUAUUUUUUGUUAUCCUCCCACAGUGGAAAAUGAUAUAUUCUGACAACACUGCACACCUGUAACUGUAACAAGGAGAGACCUGGGUUCGAAAGCUUUAAACGGAAAACCUCUCUCUUAUCUCCCAAUUUAUGAAAAGAAAACAAACGUUGGAUUAAGUGUAAAAAGUGAUGUCUCUAAAGCCUCGUAUCUGUACCAAUCAUCGUCACAUCUUGAGCCAUGUCGGGUCGAUGUGUUCCUUUCGCAAUGAAAUCUAGUUGGUGAUCUAGGAAAUUCAUUUUUCUAGUCAUCAUUCUAGCGUUCGAUUUGUUCAAUCGCAGCGGACAACUCCUCGCCCAACUUGUAAUCAGGCGUUGCCGAAUUUGUUUUUUCUUAAUUUUAAUUAAAUACGCUGAAAAAGUAAAGCACGCCUCGUCAGGAAACAGUACGCUAAUCGGUUACCAUACCAUGACUUGACGACUGCUAUGGGUCAAACGUCUUUGGAAAAAGCACUUCCCUUAGUAACAAAUGCCCCACAUACUUCAAGGAAAUAGUUACGGAAACUGAAAUAAAUCUUUUCUACUCUGUUAUUAUUCCAAAGUUUAAUCGCAAGGAAAUUAUCUUACCAUUUGAGUUUUGCAAUAAAUAGACAGAGAAAAUUUUGCCAGAUUGAGUUGAUAUGAGUCGUAAUGUCUAGGCUGUAUUUUAUUUCAUACAGAGAUUGAUAUAGUUUAGAUUUUAACUAGAUGUUGUGCCCGUCUUAAUUAUUUGCAUCAGUGAUGUUGCCCGUAUGCAAAUUAGGACUAAAAUUGUUCGCUGCGAAUUAUUUACCUUUGUCGGGUCAUGCAGACAGCGGAACAAAAGCCCCCUACCCAGCUGACUAAAUUUGAGAUGGGAUGAACUAUGAAAAGCUUGUUAAUGGCUCUUUAAUACAAUACGUGUCAUCCUAUACGCGUGCUCGCGGAAACUCAACACAGAGCUAAGUCAACAUACUAGGAGCCACUGACAAAACAGUGAUGCUGGUUGUGAUGGGAUGAUGUUUGUCGUUACAGCUAUUUCUGUUCACACUUCUCAAAACUUGUGUGUGGAAUGGGGAGAUUCUAUCAGGAGUAAUCAGAAGUAAUGUGCUUUAAAUGGCAAAUAGCGCGAGGUAAUUUAUUACGCCUAUCGAUGGCCAGUCAAGUUGUGUUUGAUUUUGGGAUUUGGUAGACAUAACAGUGAAAAUCACGGAGGAAAUCAUCCCAGACUAGCAGAGAUACAAAGGAAGGAUACAGUAAUUGGAAUAAAUUGAGGUAUUUUUAAUUUGUUAUGGCGUGGAGAUGCACUGUUCAGAAACCGCGGCAGGUCAUCGUUGUAGCUCUACUGACGUCCAUAUUUUGGUUUGCGCUCAAUACCGUAAUACUUGUUUCAUAUCAGCUAAAUAUUCCUUCACGAGAUCACAAAAGUUACAUUAUCUCUGAUCAGAGAAACAAAGAUGAUUGGCUUGAAUUUGAGCAAAAGUCAAAGGAAUUAGCCAUCGUAGAGAAAUUAUUGCCACGUGGAAUUUCAGAGAUCGCACUCCACGGCGGAGAGAAACUCGACACCAUAAACACUGAGAUAUCAAAGAUACUCAAGUAUAAGUCAGAUCACGACAGGCAAUUGAUUCAAAAUGGACUCGUUAAAAAUGGUAAAAAGGAAUCAUUGGAAAAACUACGGUUCAAAGAAGAUACUAUAACAGAAAGAAAAAGGAAAAAACCUAAAUUUUUAAAUCAAAAACUCAUUUCGUCAGUGAGAUCCAUUGCCGAAGACAACCCAAGGAAAGACUCUGCCGACACGAAUAUUGGCGUCGCAAGAUUCCCGACACAUGACCCGAAUGGUCCGGGGGAAAAUGGCAAAGCUGUGAGGAUAUUAGAUAAAGAAAAAUACAACGAGAAGGCUGGUUACGAUAAGUACGCUUUCAACGAAUAUGCCAGUUCUAAAAUUUCUCUUGACCGAUCUAUUCAGGACACUAGGAGUCCAGGGUGAGCAGUGGCCUUUAUUUAAAUAAUAUCAGGUUAAUGUUAUUCAAAUAUCAGUGCUGUACUUUGAUGCACGCAAAAGGAAAUUUUGGAUAAUAUUGCAACACUUAAUGCUCGAUCACGAUGUGUAAUUUCAGCUCUCUCGAACAGCCAUUAGUUCGGUGUAAAAGUGGUUGAUUGGUUUUAUUUAUAGAUCAAAUCGAUAAAUUACAUUCAACCACUAGCUUCCUCAUUAAUUUGUUUUGUAAACAGAACUGCCUCGUAUUCAAACUUCUUCGUGCACUGACAGAAACUUUUGGAAUCUCAUUGAGUGUUACAAAUUCGCUAAUGGCCAAAUCAUGAUUCAUAGUUUGAAUUUUUCAUUCGUUCUUUGUUCAGCUCGUUAGUUUAUUUUAAGAUGUAGUGGUCCCAUCACUUUUAAUACUUUUAGUCCUCAACUUUUAGAUGGCGACUUAAAUUUUGAUGCAGUGUUUUCCUGGUCGAAAGAGUCUUGUUAGUUUGUAUUUGAGUUUUUUUUGUCACUUUUCUAACCGCUAAGUCUGAGUAUUUCCUGGCAGGAAGAAAAGGUAUCUGCGUUCAAGUCCUCAUGAAGUGCUCGUAUGAAACAAACUUUACUCUAACAGUGCCUGAAUUUUUAUUGAGAGUCGUAGAUACUGAUGACACAUUAAGUAGAGUUUUUUGUUUCAUAGACUGUGGUUUAUUUGGGCAGAGGGAGUCACGCAAGUCGGAUGGGAGCUCCUCAAUCGUUGCAAGUCGCGUUCGUUUUAGCACCUACGGAUCCUUGAAUAAAUUAAGAUCAAAUGCUCCAGCGGUUUUUGGCCUCUAAGAGUUGUUACGGAAGAACCAGCUUUGUCUGGCUUGCCUCUACUUUACAUAUAUUAUACUAACAAUAGACUUAAAAAUCUUUUUCCUUAACUUGAUUGUGUGAAGUGAGAACUUGACAAGGAAACGUUUCAGACUUAAUGAGGUAUACUUUCCCUCGUUUAAUUCCAGAUGCGUGAGUAAAUUGUACCAUGUCUCGGACCUACCUACUACAAGUGUGGUGAUCUGUUUCCAUAACGAGGCAUGGUCCACUCUGUUACGCACUGUUCACAGUGUGUUAAACCGCUCGCCCCCAGACCUCCUACACGAGAUUGUACUCGUCGAUGACUUCAGCACCUUUGGUAAAUGGAGAAGAUUUCACGUUGUGUUCAGUUCGCCCUGUCCGACCAUAAACAUGAUCCUCGAAUCUGCACUCAGCUUUUACACAGCUAUUAAUCCUUUGCAAAACAUUUUACAAAAAUUAUUACACCGAGUGCAUCGUGACGUUGAUUUUGUAUCAUAUUUGAACUAAAUAGGCCCAACAAUCUAAAUAAUUUUAGAUAUAUUUCUUACCCUGAGCUCUGAGACCUCCAAUAUUUUUUCUAGGCUUUCCUGUAGCUACAACAAAUAAUGUUAUUCUCUUCAAUCACAAAACGUUCUAAUCAAGCUUAUGUUUUGUUUUACUCUUCCCCUCUCACAUCUGAACUAGAUAUCUGCCCUGCUGCUGUGCAGCACUCACUUUCUGUCAGAAAUAACUAUUUAUAUUUUUGCACAUUGCUCAUUUCUUCCAGAUCAUUUGAAAAAGCCGCUCGAAGAUUACGUAUCAAGGCUCACUAAGGUCCAUAUCAUUAGGACAAAAAAGAGAGAGGGGCUUAUACGGGCUCGUCUUCUUGGAGCCAACGCAGCUAAAGCCCAAGUGUUAACAUUUCUUGACGCUCAUUGUGAAGCAAACGUGAACUGGUUAGUGCCCCUACUAGAAAGGAUCCGACAGGACCGUACCAUUGUUCCUGUGCCAGUUAUCGAUGUUAUAAGCUCCACAGACUUCUCAUACUCAGGGACACCAGCCGAAGUUAUUGGCGGUUUCACCUGGGACAUGCAGUUCAACUGGCAUUCAUUACCUCUGAGUGUUCGAAGCAAACGCAAAGACUUUAGCGAGCCAAUCAGGUUAGUAUGCAUAAAUGGGGUAACUUUCUAAAGAAACUGUGGUGCUGCUUCGGUGGGAGAGUAUAACAAGGUAAUCAAGUAUCACCAACUGAGUUGAUAACGUAAAUUGGCCACCGUUUAAAAGCUGACGUUUCGAGCGUUAGCCCUUCGUCAAUCGCCCUGACGAAGGGCCGACGCUCGAAACGUCAGCUUUUAAACUUUUUACGGUGGCCAAUUUACGUUGUCAACUUGGUUGAUAAUACCAAGUUACCAGGUUAGUGUACAGUUGAACUUAAAAGAGGUUGUACCCAUUAUUUUGCAGUAAGGGAUUUAGAAAGUCUCCGAUCAUUCCGAAAGAAUCGGAGAAAAAACAACAAAGACCAAGUGUAUCGGUGCAACCAACAGUUCAGAUAACUGGAUAAUUCGAAAGCUUUUCUAAAUUUAAGAUGACUGCAUCCAAAAGAACAGGGGGCUUUUUGAAUUCACCAAGUUGAGACGUUCAGUUUUUAGGAAUCUCUUGGUUUCUUCGCAAAGUUCUGUUCCUUUAAGAUUAACUAGAAGUAAUUUUUUGAACAGGAGAAGGUGGUUUUCAUUCAAGUUCCCAAUUUUUGUGAAGGUUGGCUCCUUACGGACUUGAUUCACUUUUUCUAACGAGUUCUUUCCCUCUGAAAAUGAACAUUUAUCACCAAAAGUGAAUUAUUUGUAGGAGUGCACCUCGCUUAGAAAAUCUCCCGGUUAUGUGUGCAUAUUUUUCUUUCAUGGCAGGACUCCUACAAUGGCAGGAGGGCUGUUUUCUAUUGAUCGCAAGUACUUCUUCGAAUCUGGCUCUUACGACGAAGGAAUGGAAGUUUGGGGAGGAGAAAAUCUGGAGAUGUCCUUUCGAGUGAGGUGUUAAUGAUUAGAAGUCAUGGCUCUCUGAAGUUUUGUUUCCUAAUUAGCCGAUAAACUUCACCUCACAUACAGGCUACCUUGGUUUCCAGGUUUCCUUGCGAUGAAGGCUUUUCUUUCUUUUUAUGUUGACACGAGGAUCAAACCGAACUCAAAAUUAAAAAGUCUUGAAAUGUAGCUAAACUCAUAUUGACAUCAGCUAAACCUUUUCCGAAGUAGUUACAGCGAAAAGACAAAGAAAAAAAUUUAAAACAAAAUAAAUGAUUGUUUUCUAUGUUGAUACAAAACCAAUCUCCGCCAUCGCGAAUUAAAACUUUAACUCCUAUUAAAAAUAUUUCAACAGUUACAUAUAGAAGUUAAUCUUUUCUUCAUCGUUAUUGUUGAUGUCCUUUAUUAAUUUAUUCCAGAUUUGGCAAUGUGGAGGAAAAAUAGAAAUAAUUCCAUGUUCUCGUGUUGGUCACGUGUUCCGCUCUCGUUUUCCAUACAAGUUUCCGGGUGGCUAUCAUGAGGUCACGGUGAAUCUUGCACGUGUUGUUCACGUAUGGAUGGAUGAAUACAAAAAGUUCGUGUUUAUGAAGAGACCGGACUUAGAAGGAGUCGAUCAUGGAAACUUGACAAAGCGCUUGGAACUCCGUAAGCGGCUUAAGUGUAAAAGCUUCAAAUGGUACUUGGAUAAUGUUUAUCCUGAACAAACUACCCCAAGAGAGGAAAGUCACGCAUACGGGGAGGUAAGAGGGGGAGGGGGGGAGGACACUGGAACAACGUGAACUAUAUGUUCGUGGGUGUUCUGCUUAAGUUCUCUUUGAAACGAUUGAUCCCCAUACAUAAUGUCACCUGGAUCAGAGAAUUUAAACUCCAACCUCAGCUGACUUGGCAAUCUCAUCAAGGGAAUUCACAAUACUCAUGACAGCAUCAUUCAUCAAGAAUUGAGAUAAGGUCCAGAGGCUCUUAAAAUGCAUGGCGAUUGCUUAUAUAUUUUCUUAGGCUGUUUUGAAUGAACAAAUUUUAAUAUGUUUUGAUCAUCGACAAAAAAAAAAAAAAUCAAACUUUCACUAUCCAUGGGAUGUCCGACUGUGAUGGAUAUAACAUAGUAAUCCUUUUUUAUUAAUUAAAGUAUGGAUUUUUUUGAAGGCUCGCAAUCCUGAGACUGGAAUGUGCCUUGAUACAAUGGCCAGGUCUAUUGGCUCUGAACUGGGUGUGUCUCCUUGCCAUGGGAUGGGUGGAAAUCAGGUUUGUAAUGUACAUAAAAGAACUCAGACUGCCCUUCCGACAACAUAGGAAUUUCACCAAGAAAAUUUUGUUGCUCCUCAAGCAAAGUAUCAGAUCGUCAUAUUGAUAAUCAAAAUUGCCCAACUAGUGUUUGGAUGAUAAGAUUAUAAUCAGGGAAAAAUUGGACAGAACUAAGAAAAAGACCUAGGAGGUAUUUUUGAAGUGAAGUUCUCACGUGACAACACUACUAGAGCAGUCAGAACCGCGAAGUGUAUAGGACACGCGGCUGAUUUAUUUCUAGUACUCUUGAUUUUUUUAGCCCUUAUUUAGCCUGGAUAGCACAACAAGGAAGUCGAUUUAAACGCACUUAUUUGCGGGAGACGAGUUAACAGACCUGUUCUUAUAACGAUUGUCGUGUCACAUUCUUCACAGCAUUUUGUUCUAACGGACGAUGGGGAGUUGAAAGCCGGAGUAAAAGAUUCAUUUUGUGUUGGAGGAGAGUCUGACAGUGUGUAUCUUUUUUCUUGUGGAGAAACCAGCCAACAAUGGGAACUGUCAAAGGUAAAGCUUAUGUUCUCCUUAGAGUCGUACGCUUUCAUCCAUUAUUGUCAGUUACUGGUUUUCGCAGAGGAAUUCAGUACCAUGUAGAAAUCUGAAGGGACUAGCUUUUGUUCUGAGGGAAAGAAAGUUUAAGUUGAUCUUCAAUUUCACGCUCGUCUAUACAGCAUGUAUUUAAUGGGUUGAAUGGGUUACAUAUUUGUUCCCUCCGGGCGUCCUUCGACUAGUGUCCAAACUAGAUCUGCUAGGACAUCGCGCCCAGAUUUUCUAAAACGCGAAUAAACAUGAAGCCUCUUAAUAUUUUUUCAGGGCACCCUUCGUAACACGCAUCAAGAAAGAUGUUUAGAGCUUCAAGGAGAUGGAAAUACAGUGGCGAUAAAGAACUGUAACAUGUUACCCAAUCAGAAAUGGGCAUUUUCCAAGACCUCCUAGGCCUACUUGAAAUAUAGCAAAUUGAAAUAUAUCUUCUUUGUGAGAAAUUUAUAUGAAACAUUUUAAGGUUUUUGCUGCCCUCAAAGGCAGGUUUAUUUAUAUCGGUAGUUACAGAAAAUUAUUUCAAUAUGCUCUCCUCAAUAGCCUAAUGGAAUAUCGUUUCGUUCUAUCUGCUGUCAGUCUUUAUCUUUUUCACUUCAUAUGGCUGAGGUUCGUCGAACCCGCAAUAUACGAAUUUGUUGCCUGACUUAUAAACUCCCUUAUAUCUAGCGGGAAACUCCAAAAGAGUUAAACAUUACACACUCACGACACAGAUCAGAUCUAGUCCCCGAUUUCUUUCUUACGGCACCGUGACACACUCACUCACUUUUGCCACAAACAAUAGAAACUGAUUUUCAUCUUUCCGAUUUCUCAUAAUGUCUACAGUGCAUACGUUUUUAUUUUUUUUUCUUUUUUCAGAAACUUUUACUUUAAAAACAGUAAUAAAGAUAUUGAGGCAUUUGCCUGAGUUUCUAUUACCUUCAUUUAAGGGUUACGUUUUUACGUGGAGGGCAAAAUAUUUUUGAGGGAGAAUACAUUUUUUAAAAGGAAUAAACUAUCGGAGGGCAGCUAGUUUUUGGUGAGUGACCCGGCUAUCUAGGAAGGAAACUCUGUUUUGAAGAUAGGACGACCUAUCUCUAGAGAGGUAUGUACUUUUCGCAAGGAAUGUGUUUUUGAGGGUUGUAUUAUUGUAUAGGUGGUGACCUUCCUUCACAGUUUUCCUGUUCUCAGAAGAUGUCCCAUGUUCAUUAAAAAUGUUUGGUCAAGUUCCCCACUUUCCCUUAAUCUCCUGUCAAAUAGGACGCAUGGUUUCGUUAUGUAGUUGAUUUAUUUGGCGUUCUCUACCAUGCUAUGAACACACUAUGCUACGGCUAACCUCGAACAUACGGAAACUACUUGUCUUUGCCUCAAAGAGUUGUAUUUAUAUGCCGUGAUGGUUUCCACUAAAGGGAAAAGAAUGGCACCUCUGAUUGGCUGCCUCCAUUUGAGAACUUUUUUUAAAGUUGACAAAAAAUUUGAAAGAAAAUUUGUGGUUGCCUUAUUGAGUUCUUAGUAGC